AUGUUGCAUCUUUGGAAGAAUCCAAGCUUACACAGCCGAACAACCUUUGGGGUUGCUUCGAAUCUCUUGAGAGAAAGACCAUCUUCCUGGUCUUUGGCACCAAUUGCUUUGAAUCUCCGUUGGAGCCAUCAGUACGCACCUCGACGUGUCAAGUUUAAAAAGGCACAAAAAGGACGAGUCCAUGUUCCCACCGGCGGAUCUACAAAAGGAACGCAGCUGGAAUGGGGAGAGUAUGGUAUGCGACUUUGUGACCGAAGCAUUCGUUUUCGAGCAAAACAACUCGAAACGGCUGAGCAGAUUAUCAAAAGAAUUUUAAAGCCAAUCAAGAAUGCUAACAUCUAUACGCGUUUCACUUGCAACAUCCCUGUCUGCGUGAAGGGUAAUGAAACACGUAUGGGAAAGGGAAAAGGUGCUUUUGAAUUUUGGGCCGCGCGUAUUCCCAUUGGAAGAGUUGUGUUUGAGGUUGGCGGAGAAGGCAUGCGUGAAGAAUUAGCUCAACAUGCUCUUCGACAAGCUGCAUUCCAUCUUCCUGGAAAAUUUGAAUUGGUUACCAAAAACUCUCCUAAACGACUUGGCAAUACAUUAAUCCACGAGAACAAAACUUCCUCUAUCAAAACUGAGAAUUCAAAAGGAACAGAUUCAAUAUCGGCGUAA